UCUUCAAAAAUUGCUGCUGCCGCUAAUAGAAGCGUAGCUCUUAUCCAACAGACGAAUAGAUGUAGAAAAUACGCUGCACUGCUACUUGAGUAACUGACUUGACUAUUUGCUUCUUUCCCACAAAGAAUACAAAAAAAAAAAAAAGAAGAAAAAAGCGCCUAAUUCGAAAUCUGCCCAUGAACUUGGCAUCAUCAGGGGUUACCAAGCGUGCGUAAUAAAUAGACACCGGCCAACCAAUCGACUGUUGUUGGACUGGCACAGCUCUCCAUCACUCUCUCUCAAAAUCUCCAUAGCUCUCUCCUCAUCUGCCAACGCACAAAGGAUACUAUAAUUAUGUGAUAAUCUUUUCUUUUUGUUUCUCUGGGCUCAUAUUUUUCGAAUGUUGCCAACAUCAAAUCGCAGUUCAUUCUUCACCGUUGCAAAGCCACCCUUAAAUUGCAUUUCGGCCCCCCCUACACUUUCUUAUCCACCGUCUUCCACCACCAAUUUCCGGUUUCGGGCCAUCGCCGACCACCCCGCUCCUGGCCCUUCGUUUCCGCCUUGGUGGUUGAAUGUCCUUGCUGCAGCAGACGCAGCCGUCCCUGGCUUUGGACGCAGCUCCAAUGGCAACACCGGCGGCGGCGCCGUUGGCGGAGUGGGAAGUGCAGCUAACAGCAACAAGAGCCCCAAGGUGAAUGCCAAGGAGAAGCGUUGGUCGGGCAACCGAGAUAGUUACUUAGCUGAUGAUGACGAUGCUCUUCCUCUUCCAAUGACCUAUCCUGACAGCACUCCCGUUACGCCGGAAGAAAUUGACCGCCGACUCCGAUGCGACCCCGAAGUUCAGGAUUGUAAAGAAGUUGUUUAUGAAUGGACUGGAAAGUGUCGAAAUUGCCACGGAACUGGAUAUGUUAGCUACUAUAACAAGAGAGGGAAGGAGACUCUUUGCAAAUGCAUACCCUGCAUUGGAAUUGGAUAUGUACGAAAGAUAACUGCACGCAAGGACAUUGAUGUGAUGGAGGACUUGGACAAUGGAGCCCUCUGACACGGCGCAUCAAUAUAGUCUAGACCCAUAUUACAUUGCUCAUUAUUUGAAGGAGUUCAAUUCCUCAUUACUUCAGGAUUCUUAGAAAGUUUUAUGUAUUCCAAGCUUUUGAUAGUCAUUUGGCGUUGUGUAGAUAUUCAAAUGAGAGAUUCGAUGGCCCAUAGAUAAGGAUGCCUUGUCCAGAAAAGUGCUCUUUUUGGGAUUCUUUUUUCCAGCGUCAGAAGAAAUCAAGAAUUUAUUCUUUCCCUAUUAACAUAAAAUUACCAUCUGUAUUCC